GCUGUCGGAGCUGCUGCCGCUGCUGCUGCUGCUGAGGAGUUCUCCUUCACAGAUUUGGCUCCAAAAAAGAAAAGACCCAGACCCGGUGGAUAAUAUCAUGAUUAACUGGACUGUCGACAUUUUUUUAAAAGGUCAAUAGUGACCGUGGGAGAAUGUGUGGACAUGUUUUAAACGACUGCAAAGACGCAUCAGUCUUUGCCAAAAAGAAAGAGAAGCAGUAGGUACAUGUGCAGUGAGCGACGGCUAGGAGAGCAGUUCAGGGGCACGAGCCAAAGGCACACACACCCACCAGCAGAGAGCAAGACUGCAUUAUUCAACGGAUCCUCUUCUCUACGUUCCUCUGGGCCAGUGACUCACCCCCUCUGCACCUCUUGCUGAGCCAUUAUUGCCAUGGAAACCCCGAGCCAGAAACGCACCAGCCGCGGUGCUGCCGGCAUGUCCCCGGUCCGCGUCACCAGGCUGCAGGAGAAGGAGGACCUGUGCAACCUCAACGACCGGCUGGCCGUCUACAUCGACAAGGUGCGCUCACUGGAGUUGGAGAACGCCGGGCUGCGGAUGCGCAUCACCGAGUCGGAGUCCUGCGUCAGCCGUGACCUGACGGGCAUGAAGGCGGCCUACGAGGCGGAGCUCGCCGACGCCCGCAAGACCCUGGACCAGGUGGCCAAGGAACGAGCACGCCUGCAGCUGGACCUGAGCAAGAUCAGGGAGGAGCACAAGGAGCUCAAAGCCAGGAACAGUAAAAAGGAGUCUGACCUGGAGGCAGCUCUCGUCAGGCUGAGGGACCUGGAGGCUCUCCUCAACUCUAAAGACGCUUCCCUCAACACCGCCUUGGGGGAGAAGCGAGCCCUGGAAGCUGAGGUGAAGGACCUCAAGGCCCAGCUGGCCAAGUUGGAGGGUAGCCUAGCCGAUGCCAAGAGGCAGCUGCAGGAUGAGAUGCUGAGGAGAGUGGACGCCGAGAACCGCCUGCAGACCCUGAAGGAGGAACUGGAGUUCCAGAAGAACAUCCACAGCGAGGAGCUGCGUGAGUCCAAGCGUCGCUUCGAGUCUCACAUCGUGGAGAUGGACAGCGGGCGUCAGCAGGAGUUUGAGAACAAGCUGGCCACUGCCCUGACCGAGCUGAGAGAGCAACACGACGAGCAGGUCCGCCUCUACAAGGAGGAGGUGGAGAAGACCUACGCCUCUAAGCUGGAGAACGCUCGCCACUCAGCUGACAGGAACAACCACUUGGCGGGAGCUGUCCAUGAAGAGCUGCAGCAGACCCGCGUUCGAAUGGAGAGCAUGUCGAGCCAGCUCGGCCUGCUGCAGAAACAGCUGUCGGCCAGCGAGGCCAAGGUGCGGGAGCUGGAGGAGUGUCUGUCGAGGGAGCGGGACCUGAUGCGGCGGCGGCUGGAGGAUAAAGAGCGGGAGAUGGCUGAUAUCCGAGCUCGGAUGAUGCAGCAGCUGGAAGAGUACCAGGAGCUGCUGGAUGUCAAACUGGCCCUGGACAUGGAGAUUAACGCUUACAGGAAGCUGCUGGAGGGAGAGGAGGAGAGGCUGCGUCUGUCACCCAGCCCUCCACCCACCAAGGUCACAGUGACACGGACCUCCGCCUCAGGCCACGGCCACAGCAGCCGCCUGCUCCACUCCGCCACCACCGCCUCCAGCAGCCGCAACUCCUCGGGCACGGGCAGCACCAAGAAGCGCCGCCUCAACGACAACGACAGCGAGACCUCCAGCGUGGCCGGGGGCACCGUGACCAAGACUCGCAUCAACCAGCAAGCCUCGGCCAGCGGCCGCAUCACGGUGGACGAGGUUGACCUGGAGGGCAAGUUCAUCCGCCUGAGCAACAAGGCUGACGAGGACCAAUCUUUGGGUAACUGGCAGGUGAAGAGACAAGUUGGUAGUGCCACCCCCAUCACCUACAAGUUUCCCCACAAAUUCACUCUGAAGGCUGGAGGAACUGUCACUAUCUGGGCUGCCGGUGCCAAUGCAACCCACAACCCCCCCACCGACCUGGUGUGGAAGAGCCAGAACUCCUGGGGCACCGGCGACCUCCUGCAGACCUCCCUCAUCAGCGCCAACGGAGAGGAAAUGGCCAUGAGGAAAGUGACCCGCACCCUGUUCCGCGAUGAGGACGAUGACGACAUGGGAGCUCACAGCACGAGCGGCGCAGACAAUGAGUACAACCUGAGGAGCCGCACGGUGAUCUGCGACUCCUGCGGCCAGACGUCGGACCGCGAUGGUGUUUGCAGCAGCGGGGGUCUACCUGAAGGCCUCGUGCGGCAGACCUUUUUCAUGGGCAGCAACGAGCCCAGACAGGGCCGCGUCAAGCCGGAGAACUGCUCCAUCAUGUAAAAACCAGACAGCGCCUGACCUCCUGUGGCCUACAAAGGAGAAUCAUUGUCUCCUGUUGGGAUGUGUGUCUUUAUUUUUUUAUAUGAUCCGUCUUAUUUUGUAUUCAAAUUAAUCUGCAGGUUAAAUUUGCUUUGAGGUUUGUUUGUUUUUUUGGGCAAAGGGCACAGGAAUUCUUUAUAUUCAGCUUUUUCGAGUUAUUUUUGUAUAUUCAAGUUAUGUUAUAUUGCAUGUGUGCCUCGCUAAUGCUUGUGUUGUAUCCUGCUCUUCUUGCACACACUCUCUCACACACACACACAGCUCCAUUGACCAGUGCUUCGAUCCGAGCCGGGGGUUUCACAUUUAAUGGCCAGGCUGUCAACACUCAACACGCACAGCUAGUGAACCCUGUCAGGAGUUAGGUCUCUACAGGAGAAUGAAUCCUGUUGGGUUUCUUUAUCGAGUUCAUCGUCCAUCGGAUAGAUCAGAUCUUUAUUUAAGAUGAUUACCAUGAUGUUUACAAUUUAAAAUCUGUCUUUUUUCGGAGCAGUAUUGUGCUAUUUUUAUAUGCAACAGAGAAAAUGAAUGAGAUAGUAUUGUUUGAAAAGAAAGCCAAAGUACUGUAAGCUCAGGGUGUCAGCGGGUUUUUUCACCUUUUGUCGUAGAUUUUCUACCGUAUGUGGAUUUAGAUCGCACAGUUGGGCAGCUGUGACGCACACAGAGAAAAUUAUUUGAGAUGAAUAUAUUUUUUCUGCCAUUCACAGCUCCAAGCUAGAGAAAUGUUUUUGAGCGUGUGUCGAAAUAAGGAACUCUUGUUUGCUGGAUAAGUUGAAUCUAUCCAGUUAAUCGGGUCACGUGUAUCUCGGACUGAGAUUUAAAACGUGUCGCCUUUUUUAUUAUGUCUUUUUUUCUCAUCCAAAGAUGUUUUGUUAUGAUGAUAGAAACAGGUACUAUGUCUGUAGUCUUUAUUGACAAAUUAAGUGCCAGAUAUAGAGUAUAUAUAUUUGUAGGAUUUCUCAGCUUAUUCAACCAAAGCAUCACUGAUCUAACAGAGAACUGUUGUUGUUUUGUACAGAUUAGAAAUACAAGUGUGCCUUUUUAGAGGACGGAAAAAAACCAACAAUCACCACUC